UAGCAACAAUUUCAUCUCAAACCAGAAUAGUUGUCGGACUGAACGGCAAAUAUUUUAAUUCCUUCCUGAAAUUUCGUGAAAUUUCUCAAAAUAUCAACAUAAUUUCUUCAUUUUCGUGGAACACAAAGAUGAGCUCGAUUUAUUUGGAUUACGAGACUGGUUCUCAGCGUCACGAGAAACUGCCGCAAGACGUGUGCCGUCUGAUCAUGCAGGGACGCCAGGCUAAGGGACUCAGCCAGAAGGAUCUGGCCAGCAAGAUAUGCGAGAAGCCGCAAAUCAUUGGCGACUACGAGGCCGGACGCGGCAUACCCAACAAUCAAGUUCUGGCCAAGAUCGAGCGCGUCAUCGGCAUAAAGCUACGCGGCAAAGAGCGCGGUUUGCCACUUCAAGGCAAAGGACAACGUAAAAAAGACUAAAAAAUCAAACAAAAUACACCAACAGUUUCUUGCCAUGGAUCUUGCUAUUGAUUAAAGGCUUGCUUGAACAGAUAA